AUGGCUGGCCUCUCCACUGCAUCGCCGGUGGAAGCUAUUUUGGAUAAAGAAAAUUUUACUCUGGAGGAGCUGUUGGAUGAGGAUGAAAUAAUUCAAGAAUGUAAAUCUCUUAAUGGUCGUCUUAUAAAUUUUUUGCGUGAAGGAGAUAAUGUUAGGCAACUGAUUCGGUACAUAGUGGAAGAGGCUCCAGGGGAUGCUGACAGACAACGAUCAUUCAAGUUUCCUUUCAUUGCUUGCGAGAUUUUUACUUGCGAGGUUGAUAUUAUACUCAGAGCCCUGGUAGAGGAUGAGGAGCUGAUGGAUCUGCUUUUCUCUUUUUUGCUGCAUGAAGGCCCCCAUAGUACUCAACUGGCUGGUUAUUUCAGUAAGGUUGUUGUUUGCCUGUUGCUUCGGAAAACAACUCCUCUAAUGAAUUACAUACAAGCUCACCGGGAAAUCAUUAAAAGGCUUGUUGACUUAAUUGGAAUUACAUCUAUAAUGGAGGUUUUAAUUCGUCUAAUUGGCGCUGACGAACACAUCUAUGCGAACUUUCCGGACUCUAUGCUUUGGUUGGAAGAUAUGAAUGUGCUGGAGAUGAUUGUUGACAAAUUUAGUUCAUCUGACUGCCCUGAAGUACAUGCUAAUGCUGCAGAAACACUGUGUACGAUAGCUCGAUAUGCUCCACCUGGGAUAGCAUCGAUAAUCUCCAGCCCGAGUUUUAUAGGAAAAUUGUUUGGUCAUGCUCUGGAGGGCUCAAGGCCAAAGUCUGUUUUGGUUAACUUGUUAUCUGUCUGCAUAUCCUUGUUAGACCCCAAGAGGUUUACCUCAGGGACGUAUUACUUGUAUGGACGCCAAAUGACACAUGGAUCCGGAAGUUUAGCUAAUCCUGAGACUGUUCAAGGCAUGCUGGAGAGACUAGGCGAUCUGCUCAAGCUUUUGGAUACUUCAUCUGAGGAUCACAGCUUGCUUACUACGUAUGGCAAAUUGCGGCCUCCUUUUGGAAAGCACCGGUUGAAGAUUAUAGAGUUCAUUUCAGUCUUGGUGGCUGUUAGUAGUGAAGUUGCAGAAAAAGAAUUGAUUCGCCUGGGUGCUGUGAAGCGUAUUCUUGGAUUGUUUUUCGAAUAUCCAUACAAUAAUUUCUUACAUUAUCAUGUGGAGCACAUUGUUACGUCCUGCCUGGAUAGCAAGAAUCCGCAGUUUGUCAACCAUCUUUUACAUGAGUGUAAUCUUAUUGGGAGGAUAUUAGAAGCAGAGAAAAAUAUCACUUUGACAGUUGAUACAAGCAAGCCUACUAUAGCUGCUGAGGGAAGAUCACCCCCAAGGAUAGGGAAUAUUGGUCAUCUAACCCGUAUUGCUAACAAACUUGUUCAAUUGGGGAAUAGCAACAGUGAGAUACAUACAGUUUUGCAGGGGAAUAGUGAUUGGGUGGAUUGGCAGAACAAUGUGCUGCUUAAGCGAAAUACUGUGGAGAAUGUAUUGCAAUGGGCAUGCGGGAGGCCCACAGCACUACAGGAUCGGACACGAGACAGCGACGAGGAUGAGUACCAGGACAGGGAUUAUGAUGUUGCUGCAUUGGCAAAUAACUUGAGCCAGGCUUUCCAAUAUGGAAUUUACAAUAAUGAUGAUAUUGAGGAGGCUCAUGGUUCUCUUGAGCGUGGUGAUGAGGAUGUUUACUUUGAUGAUGAAUCCGCCGAAGUAGUUAUUUCUUCCCUUCGUUUGGGCGACGACCAAGAAAGUGGAUCUCUCUUUACAAAUUCCAAUUGGUUUGCAUUUGAGGACGACAAAAAUGCUGCUGGCAAGCAUUUGUCCGAUCCAAAUGCCUCGUUGUCACCUGACGGCGGUUCCCAUGAUGUCACUAAAGAAGCUGACGUGGCAGUUGAGGAAGUCGAGGAUUUAGCAGACACUGCCACAUCUGAGACUCCCGAACAGAAGCCCUCCGACAAGCCACCCGAGUCGGUCGAGUGGAGUGAGAGCUCUCAUUCAAUUGAAUUCCUUUCUGCCUCAAACUCUACUACGACUAACACAGCUAGUCCAGUUCAGGAGGUUGUACCUCUGGCAGAUGAGGAGGUACCAGGGAAAUCAGGUGAACCGGGGUCUGUUGGACCACCUAAACCGGGAGCAGAGGAUAGUUUGGAGAGUGACAUUGGAGGGCCACCUGCUUCGAAAGAGGUGGAAUUGGGUGCAAAACCUUCAGAAUCUACAGAAGUGGGUGAAAAAGCCAAGGGAAUGUAA